AUGCUCUCACCAAAGAAAGUGUCCUCCAUCUCGUUGAUGGAUUGUCAAAAGGAGAGUAUUUUGAACAUGUUGAAUAUUGAAGGAACUGAUACUCUUUCCGAAAUGGCCAGCAAGAAGAAGAAGAAGAAAUCAUCAUCCUCCUCUCAUAUGGGAGAACAUGUUGUAACUGGUCAUGAACUCGGACAUCAACUCACUGAAAGGAAAGUGCAACAGUGGAAGGUUCUCAUCAUGGACAAGUACUGUUUUGAAAUUAUCUCUCCCUUGUUUAAAGUAGGAGAUUUAAGAGCAAUGGGAGUAACACUGGUAUUACCAAUUGAAGAAAAAAGACAACCCAUUCCCGAUGCUCCUGCAAUUUAUUUUGUGCAGCCUACCCAAGCAAACAUUGAUCUUAUAUGUGACGAUUGUGAAAAUGAGCUUUAUGCUUCGUGUCAUAUUAAUUUUUGUCAUAGUAACUACAAGAGAGACAUUUUGGAAAAGAUGGCAAUGCGUCUAGUGCAGAGCGAAUCUACAAAUUUAUUGAAAAAAGUUUUGGAUCAAUUUGUUAACUUUUUAUGUUUGGAGAAGGACUUCUUCUCAUUGUUAGGACUUGAAAACUGCAUGAUACAUUUGCAUGACCCAACAAAAAAGGAGGAAGAGAUUAAAUCAACCAUCGAUCAAAUUGCAAAUGGUGUAGCAUCGGUGGUUCUCUCCUACUCUAGUGGAAAAUCCAGUGGCUUUAUAAUGCCAUUUAUUGUUUGCCCUUCUUCACAGGGUCAACCAGCCAGGUUAAUUGCUGAGGCCGUUGAAAAGAUCUUACGAAGUUUAGCUCAGUCCUCACUGCACGAUAGUCAAUCUGAAUCAAGCGUUUCAGUUGAAAAGAAAAAAAGUAGACCAUUGUUGAUCAUUAAUGAUCGAACCAUUGACUUGACUGUGUGUUUGCAACAUCAAUGGACUUAUCGUUCCAUGGUUUUUGAUUUGUUUCAAAUGAAAUCAAACCAGGUGAAAGUUCCUUUGAAAAAGACUGCAACAUCUUCGUCCGCAACUGAGCAAACUUAUGAAAUUUCUCUCGAGGAUGAAUUUUGGAUGGAAAAUUCAUGCAAACCAUUCCAAGAUGUUGCACAAAAUGUCGCUGGAAAUUUAGAAAGACAUAAGGCUCGAUUUAAUGAAUUCAAUAAGAAACACGGACUUAAUCUCAGUGAAGACGAUGUCAUGAAAACCGAUGCUGGAGAAAAUACUCAAAUGAGUAAGGAAACCAUCGAUGAGAUGUUUAAAUUGGCAGAAGAACGAAAACAAGUAUCCAUGCAUCACAACAUUGCGUAUGCUAUUUUACAUGAAGUGAACAAGAGAAAAAUUGAUGAGUUUGUUGCAAUAGAAGAAGCGAUUAUUAGAAAACAAACCAAAAUUGAAAUACCAAUUUUACACUCUUUACUUUCAUGCCAGGACGAAGGAUCUUUAGAACAAGAAAAGGGAACCAUUAAGGACAAGUUAAGACUCAUUCUUGUGUGCUAUCUCUAUAUUCUUCAACAGGAACGAAUGAAUCAAGCUCCGCAAAUCAUAACUCGUCAAGAGCUGGAAAAGUAUGCACUCGCAUUAUUCAAACGUAGAAAUGCCAUUGAAAAUAAGCUUGACGAAAAAUCGCCAAGCAGUCUCGAGAGUACUCUGCCAGAACUAUCCUUCCUCAAACAAAUUACCAUGCAUACAAAUAUGGGACGAGUGACACAGCAACCACAUGUUACUCAUCAAUCCUCUCUUGCAAAUCUCACCAAAAAGUUCUCCAUUCUUGGUGAAAAAAUUUCAAGCAUUGCCUCAGGCCUUAAUGAAUACUAUGGCGAAGGUUCAGAAUACAGUUCUACCCUUCCUCUUACUCGUAUUGUGGAUGCCAUCGUUAGUAAUACUCCAAAGAAGCUUUACGAACACGAAGAAUUUGUAUUUAUAGAUCCUAAAUUACCUCCUUCUCAGUCAGUCAUUAAGACAUUAUCCAAGUCAUCUCCUGAGAGUUCCAGAGAUUUGAACAAUCCCUCUUCUCCAAGAGGUAGAGGUGUUGACGAAAAUACUUCCUUUUCUCCAAGCGCAUCAUCUCAAGAAGGUUUCUCAGAUGUUAUUGCCUUCGUGGUUGGAGGUGGAAAUUAUAUGGAAUAUCAAAAUUUAAUUCAACAUUUCAAAGCAAAAAGUAUCAAGACAGGUUCUACGUUCAAUGUGACUUAUGGAUCAACAGAUAUUUUAACAGGAGAGCAAUUCUUGGAUGACUUGAGAACAUUGGGAGAAAAGACAAGGCGUUAG